CCUCUCUCAGAAACUACAAGCAAGAUGCCAGCCAAGACACCCAUCUACUUGAAAGCUGCUAACAAUAAGAAAGGAAAGAAAUUCAAGCUAAGGGAUAUCUUGUCUCCUGAUAUGAUCAGUCCACCACUUGGAGAUUUUCGUCACACCAUACAUAUUGGAAAAGAAGGACAACAUGAUGUUUUUGGAGACAUCUCCUUUUUGCAGGGCAACUAUGAGCUAUUGCCUGGAAAUGAAGGAGAAACCAGAAUUAGCCAGUCCAGUGGCCACAAUGAAUUCUUAAGGGCAAACAGCACUUCUGAAUCCAUGUUUACAGAAACUCCAUCACCAGUGCUCAAAAAUGCUAUUUCCCUUCCUGCCAUCGGGGGUUCUCAAGCCCUUACGUUGCCUUUAUUGUCACCAGUGACAUUUAAUUCAAAGCAAGAAUCCAUCAGGUCAUCAAGAAAUCCUAGGCUUAGCUGUGAGCCAGUAAUAGAAGAAAAAUUGCAGGAGAAAAGUAAACAGUUGGAGGAUGGAGAAACAUACAAAGAUGACAUAUGGGAGCAAAAUGAUGGCUCUUCGCAUCUUAGUAAUGGUAGAGACAGUCACUCAUCCAGCUUUUCUGAACGAUGCACUGAUUGGCAAACAGUUGAUUUAUUUGAUGACAGUCAACUUCCAUGUGAACUAACCAAGGCAAAGACUAAGUCAGAAGAAUCCCUUUCAGAUCUUGCAGGCUCUCUUCUCUCCCUACAACUUGACUUGGGACCUUCACUUUUGGAUGAGGUCCUCAAUGUAAUGGACAAGAAUAAAUCUUAGAACUGGUACUCCCUUGCUUCUUUAUAAAUGAUUCACUUAAACAAAAACAAACAAAAAAACAUAGUUCAAAAGCAGAGACACUUAAAAAUCAGCUGUACUUGCAGUUGUUUGACGGGUUUUCUAAAAAUAUUCUUAAAAUACUAUUUUUUUACCUAUUGUUUUUCAUGAUUUUUAUUACACUAAAUUCUCAUAGCAGGAAGGUAAACUUAAAUAACAGUUUUCAGCAAAUAUAAAAUGUUUUUAAGUACCAGUAUUAAUGAUCAGAAACUUAAGAAACACAGUUUGAGGAUGAUACUGAUUGUUGACGAUUGGUGACACUCCUGUGGGCUUCUGAAUAUAUGAGAAUCUCUAAGUGUCAGAAAGCAGACAGAUAUUAAUUAUUCACUUUUAUAAAUUAUUACAACAUUACUUUACAUGUAGGCCUCUUUCUAGAACCUUGUGUUUGAGGGUUUGAUAGUGUUUUUCUUCAUUUUCCAUAGUACCAUUUCUGUUACACCUUCACUGUAACUAAGUUCUUGGUCUUAUACUACAGCUCUGUAUUCAGAUGUGAACAAUUUGAAGGCUUUUUCAGUUUGAACACCUGGUCCAGAGUCUCAGCUGCUUUAAAUGAGUAUGCACAAAUUUACACAAGUUGAGGCUUGGGCCUGACAUUGUAUAUGAAAUGAUAUGUUGUAAACAGGUGACACAUGCAAGAUAUUAUGGUUAAAUUAUUUUAAAAGUUUAAAUAUUUUUUGUGUGCAUAUUGGCUUUUUACUGCAGAGCCUACACAUACAGUAUCUCAUCAAAAUAGUUGCUUGGCAUUAUGGGUGCUCUUCUGAAAAUUGUAUAUGUGUGUGUUUGAAAAGAAAUAUGUAUUGACACUCCUUGCUUUUUUUCUUCAUUUAUUGCCACACAUGCUUAAACUUGCAACUGAUUAUUUUAAUUUUUGGAGAAAGCACUGGUUAUUCACAAUGCUUGUGAUGUGUGCUGCAACAGCCAAUGUUUUGGGAAAUGUGGAUCUUUUAAUACAGUACCUACGUGGAUUGCAUAGAUAUCUUGUGCAAUACAAUAAACAAAACUUUAAAUU